AUGGGCAUGACGGCGAGCUCCCUUGUAUCCAACGAGAACGCAACCAAAUCCAUAAAUGUACUCCAAUUUCUGGAGUAUGAAGGAUAUCCUUUGGGCAUCCAGGAUGAAUUCAGCGGCAGGAACCCAGUGGGUGAGGAGGGUAGCCCUUAUCAAGUCCAAGAGCAUUCCUUUGUAGAUGAAAACCAACCAAAAGAGCAUCAAAGCAACUCGGAUUGUCACACAAAUGACCAGCCAUGCACUGAUAUUACCACUUCCAGCAAUCUGAAGGCAUCAAAAUCAAGUAUUCCGAAACACAUGUCUGGACUUGAGGAGCUUGCAAGCGUUGUGAAGAUAUUUGUUGAUAGCGUCCAGGCUGACUUCGUGUCGCCUUGGCAAAUGAUGGCGCCGGUGAUGAAAACUGGGUCUGGGUUUGUCGUGAAAGGCCGAAUGAUUAUGACAAACGCUCAUCUUGUGUCUGAUCAAAUUCGUGUUCUAGUCAGAAGACAUGGCAAUCCAAAGCGGUUCCUCGCGCGAAUACUUGCCGUAUGUCACGAGUGUGACUUGGCCCUAGUAACCGUCGAUGAUGAAGCCUUUUGGGACGGGCUGAAGGCCCUUCCUUUUGGAGGACUCCCACAACUGCGAGAGUCUGUUGUUGUCCUUGGGUAUCCUACUGGAGGUGACCAGCUGAGCAUCACGGAAGGUGUAGUCAGCCGGGUUGGAGUGUCAAAGUAUGCUCAUUCGUCUCUUGGGCUUAUCACAGUGCAGAUCGACGCUGCCAUAAACCCUGGGAACUCGGGUGGCCCGGCUUUAUCCCAAGGAAAAGUAGUCGGCGUGGCGUUCCAGGGCUUUUCACAGAUGCAGAAUGUUGGCUAUAUCGUGCCUUUCCCGGUAAUAAGGCAUUUCUUGAACGACGUAGCACUACAUAACCGGCACACAGGAAUUGUGUCAGUGGGAAUCAAGGUCCAAACGAUGGAGAAUGAAGCGCUGAAGAAGUCUAAAGGAAUGCAUCUUAUUCCUCCCGAAGCUCUUCCCCAAAAUGUGACAGCAUCAGGCGUGCUUGUUCUAGAAGUUGACAUGGUUCGCGCAAAUACAUAUUUCCAGGGGAAGAUCACUCUUCCUAUUUCGCGUUAUCCUACAGUCCCGCAAAGUUCUAUUGAAAAGCGCUGUCAAAGUGAUGAAGUGCAAAGACAGUCUAGUUCACGGUCGAAGACGGUAGAGCCAUGUGAUAUGAAGAUGCCCAUGCUGCUGGAUGACAUACCAGUAGCCCCACAAGAUGACACAACUGCGCGACAACGCCAAGUGAAGGAGGUUGCCGAGACAGUAAUAUGGCAACCUAGAAACUGGAUGCCCAGCGAUCCUGAUGCCUCACGCAGCCAAAUAGGCAACCAGACCGGAAAACUUAAUGGGUCCAAGACAUUCCACAGAUGCUCUCAGGGAACCCAGGAUGAUCAGUCCAAAAUGCCACCAGAACUCGUAGAAAGCUCAGUGCCCACGAACAAGAUCGGGGUACACGCGGGUGCACCAAUGCAAACGACAAAAAUGGUAGAAGAUGGAGCUGCAAACAAGGGGGGUCGCUCAGUUGAGACAUAUAAAGCGAGAAAUAAGGUGCCCCUCGGAGAAAAGGAUUCCCAGGGCAGCGAAAACGACCUUACUACGCGUACAGGAGCGGAGAUUAGCAAAUCGGCAAAGCAAGCCCACCAGGCGAUACAGGAGACUGUUGAAACACAAAGCGCUAAACAAAAUGGUUCACCGAAGCUUCAAGACAUUGCACCAUCAAACUACAGUGCUCAGAAAGAAGAGUCUUCAGAGUUGACAUCAAACCUUGAAGAUGUCCCCUAUUUCACCAGGCAUGCUGGUGUCGAGUCCUUUCUGCGUAAGCUACUAGGGGCCCGAAUUACACUUCGCCAAGUGAGACAACUCAUCGGAUUCAAUGGAAAUGACUCAUCUGAUGAUAAGAUAGCUUUGGCACCCACAAUGGAGCCAAAGCGACAUAAACAAGCACAUGGAUCCAAGCUCGAAAGGCCUGGGGAGGAAAUCUACCCUCACGGAAUGCCGGUGAAGGCAGUUACGCUUCGCGAGGCUGACGUGGCAGCUUCGAACGUUCCAAAUCCUCAUUCGGCCAGCACUGAUAGUGCAACUAUCGCCCAGGCUUAUGAGCAUGUUGGUAUGAACCGGCAUGUAUUCGAAGCAAAAAACGAGCAUGAAAGGCUAAUUUCUGAUGACCCAGUAGCGCUGUCUGGUGGUAAAAGUCUGGAAGAAAAUUCGCUCGCCACAGCAGUAUAUCCCAUAGUUGAUAACCCGUAUUUCAAUCCUAAUUUGUUGCACAGCACAGAAUUUAUUGGUUUUCUUGAAGGCGAUGUCAUCCUUUCGAUCGGAAAUUACGAUAUCGCCGAUGAUGGAACUGUUUCCCUAAGGAACUUGGAGAGGGUGUCAUAUAGCUAUGUUGUCACCCAGUACUUCAAUGGAGAAACCACUUGGGCAUACGUUUUACGUGACGGACGAAUAAUCAAAGUGACGACUGCCAAGCUUCAUCAGGAAUCGCCACACAUGUUCGAAUACUUGGUGCAAAGACUAGACUACCAACAAAAGCGAGGGGAUGAAUUCGUUGUUUUAAGCCUGAUUCUUGCAUCCGAGAUAUCCGUUGGAUACGAUCAACCGCCCUGUAUUGUACGGAGCGUCAAUGGCUACGACGUCCGUAAUAUGCGCGAGUUGGUACAAUUAAUUGAAACAACCUCGGGCGAUUUUGUGAAGCUGGAAGUGGAGGUGAAUGGAUCCAAUAGCAUUCAGCUCGUCCUCGAUAGAAAAAAGACUCAAGCCAUACAUCAAAGGCUGUUAAAAGACCACAAUAUUACAGUGGACAGAUCCCCGGACCUCCUGACGCGCCAAUAA